UUUCAGUUUUGCUAUAUAGCUGUAGCCUGUUGAUAGCUUUUAGUGAUGUCUAAUGUCAUAUUGUUAUUUUUUCUUUUGACAAGAAAACAAACCGUAACAAGGUAUACUACUUAUACCUAUACACUUUGAAACAUUUAUUAAACGUAUUGCCUUAUAGUUAAGUGGACAAUUGCGAGUUACGUAGGCCUAUAGGAAAAUGUUUUCAUAUGGUUUGCUUGUAUUAACGGGGAUGUUAUGGGGUUGUACAAACCCAUUCAUAAGACAAGGCACAAAAGGUUUACGGAAAGUUUGCGCUAAAACGAAAUUGGGCCAGGCUUACGCAGAGAUUAUUUUUCUCUUAGGGAAUUGGAGGUACGUUGUACCCUGGUUGAUUAACCAAUGCGGUUCGUUGGUGUAUUUAUCGGCUGUGCAGCGUGUGCCUUUGUCUCUUGCUGUGCCUACCGCCAACAGCCUUGCGUUCGCCUUUACAGCACUAACGGGAGCAACGCUGGGUAUUGAAGAGCCUUUGGAUUUCGUGUCCAUAAUGGGAAUAGUAUUAAUAGCUGCAGGAACCGCAUUAUGUUGUUGGGAUAAAGUGGAUUAAUAAAUAUAUUUGUUUGAUAA